AUGAUUGGCCCCACUACGAAGGUGACGUUGAUGUUCGCUCAUGGCGCUGGCUUUUGCAAGGGUACGUGGGAUCCUAUCACGCGUCGUCUGAAAAGCUCCCGAAUACUGCAAUCCACUCCGACCGAUUUCCUCACGUUCGACUUCCCGUACCAUGGCGCCAGACAAGACCCGACUGCACUGCAGUACAUCAGAGCGGACCUCAGCAACCGCAAAAGACCGCGAGUGCGGAAUGAGAAACACGAUCUUGUACAAUGGGCAGCUGGUGCGGUGAAAGAACAAGUGGACGCGUGGAAGGAGAAGACGAGGCAAGACUUUCCUGAAAACAAGACGCAGCACAAACUCAUCGGAGUUGGACAUUCCAUGGGGUCGGCAGGUCUCUGGGCUACGGAAGUGGCUCACCCUGGCACCUUUGAUGGUCUCAUUCUGUUCGAACCUGUCCUUGCUCAGCAUUCGCCCAAGACUGACCACAUACUCGACUACAUGACCGCAGCUACACUCCGACGAAGGACGUCGUGGCCCUCACGCGCUGCAGCUGAAGAGUACUUUGACAACUUGCGGAACUUUGCCAAAUUGGAUCGCGAAGUGCUCGCUGCAUACGUUCGUGGGGGUCUGACGGAAGCAGACGAUGGUACUGUCACUUUGGCAUGUCAUCCCCACGUUGAGGCUUCGAUAUUCUGCCAGAAACCAUUGUGGCUGACAGAGCACGAGCUGCGGCAACCGAAGUGUCGCACUACUUUCCACUGGGGAACUCGAUCGAAGGUGUGGUUUCACGACCGGUUUCAGACGCUACAGAGGGAGCUGCCCGACAUCUAUACUGUGAGAGAACCUAUGGAGGGCAGCUCGCACGUGCUAGUGCUGGAAGACCCAGCGCUGGCAUCGGAGAAAAUUGCACUGGAUCUUGCAGAGCUGGAACCGUAUGCUGCUGCCACUAACUAA